GGCCACAACAUUCUAAUCUUUUUUUAACAACAAGAGAAUUAGGCCCAACCCAAUAUCCUUUCAAAAUUCAAACACUUCUGUCAUCACAUUCACAAUUCAGAUGGCUUAUUUUGCUGCACCAUUUGAGAGAGAGACGAAGACGUGGUCCAGUGUAAAAUUGCAUGGUGUUAUAUUUAAUUCCUGUAAAUAUUCCGUAAGAAUUGUUUACACGGUUCAGAUGGGUUGGCCUCCAAAGAAUGUAAGGAUUUAGAAAAGAUUCGCCGAGUUGCGUACGUUUUAGGCUUCCAAGUUCUUUCUUAUAUAGGAUGGGACGAUCACCCUGAAUUCGGGCAUGCCCCGUUGCGACAAUCGGAUCCUCAAAUUCUCCGUCCAGCUUGGUCUCGUUCAAGCUUUUGCCCCGGCAUAAAGCAAGAAUGUCAAGCGCAAAGUUUGAGGAUGUAAAGCAAGAGCUUUCCGAAGAAGUUGCUCCUAAAAAUCAAGUAUCUGAGGAAAAUCCUGUGGAAGAGCUAGAAGAUUUGGAUAAAAAUGGUGACAAUUCUGUGCCUUCACCUCAACAGGAGGAGGAGAUUAUCAAGAAAAAGUAUGGAGGGAUGCUACCAAAGAAGCCUCCAUUGAUAUCAAAGGAUCAUGAACGUGCUUUUUUUGACUCUGCUGAUUGGGCAUUGGGAAAGCAAGGCACACAGAAGCCCAAAGGACCCCUUGAAGCGCUUCGACCAAAAUUACAGCCCACACCGCACCAGCAAUUACGCUCAAGGCACUCAGCUUAUACACACACAGGUGAUGAUGGUGAUAUUGAUGUUGAUGGUGAUGAUAAUGAAUCUGCUGAGGUUCAGAGCUGCACAAAAAAUGACGGCAACGGUAAAAGCAAUGCUUCUGAGGAUCAGAGUGUCCAGGGGUCGGCAGUAUGUUAAAAGUAUACUCGACUAGACUGGAUGGUAUUCCAUUUUCUUUUUCCUGGCAAUAAAGCUGAUGAUGAGAGCUUUAUGUGACACAAUACUGGUAUGCCGAGUGAUACAUUUGUGUUCAUAUGUAAUGUUGGUGUCUGCUGAAUGCACCAGGAUAGGGAUCGUCAUUAUACUAUGUAUCUAAACUAAAAAAACUGUCUGAACAACUAACUUUUACCUAUGCUGCUAAAUUAUCACCUAUUUUAGCAAGGAAAUGAUAGUUUUAACUGUCAGAUGUAUUU